AUGUCGGCAGUACACGAUGUCAGAAAAACGAGACACAACUCGGUCAGCCCUAGGUAUAGUGAUUCUACCACGAGAGGGUACAACGCAAAAGAAUUCAACGAUUAUUUGAACAAGUUAGUGAAGGUCGAAAAUUGGAAACCGACUAAAAAAUAAGUAUAAUAUUUAUGUGUAAUGUUAAGUUUAGUUUAUUAUUAUUUAAUCCAUAUAAAUACAUUUAGAUUCUUGGCAAACGGGGAAUUUAUUAGUUUUACUGAUGCAUUUUAUUUAAUUUUUUUUGUUGUGACUGUAAAUAACUUUUCUACCAAAAAUCUUGCAACAAUUAAAAAUUGUAUUAGUAAUUUCUUUUAGCAUAUUUUAGAUUUUGAGCAGAGCAAAGAAUGUAUGUAAAACGGAGAAAAAACGGGAAAAUGUACAAAAUACAUUAGUAAAAUAUUACGAUUUUUUUUUUCUGUAGAAAACUUUUCUACCAGCAAUUUUUCUCAGAUUUACAAUGAUAGCACUUUUUCUGAAAGAAAAUCUGAUUGUAGUGGUACUUUAGAGAGGUCAUUUUUGGGUUUCCCUAAGAGUUUUCCCAGCAAAUGUGAAAAAACGGGAAAAUCAGUACAAUAUUGUUAUUAAAGGAAAUGUAUAAUGCCUAGGUAUUUAAUUAUUUUGUCAUAAUAUGACAUGUAUAUAGUUGACCAAGCAUCACUAUUAACUGAAUUCCGCCCAGAAUCGUUUUUAGUAAGCAAUGGUUUAUCGUUGCUUAAAGAUACAAAUUAAUUUCCCCUCUAUAUCUUACGUUUUCAACUUCUCACCAACAACAGUGGCUGCACUCGCUCCAUUAUCCUAGGCAGUGGCAGUUUUACGGGGGGGGGGGGUCGGUCCAGGGGGUCUGGACCCCCAGAUUCUGAGAUUAGAUUUUGAUUUAGUUUGUAAUUAAAAAUUUAAAAAAAAAAUCGAAAAUAAUUGGCAAAUUAAUACGAGUUAUAAUUCUUUUUUUAUACACGCAAUGGUGGCGUGAUAAGGUAUUUUAUGACCAAUUUGGUGGUGGUACUGCCAGGCUAAAAAUAUGAAUUAUUGCCAAUUGAUAUAAAAUAUUUAUAAAUAUUUAUUAUUUAUAUUAAGUUAAUAUAUUAUAUGUGUAUUUCACUUAAAUUCAAUAUUGAGGUAACCAGUAAACAUUUCAAUGAACAAAAUUUUUUUAUGAAGAAGAUAUAAUAAAAUUGAUUAUUUAUUAACUAUAUACAUUUUUUUUUUAAAAAAUCUCACAAAGUAAAUGUUGCAUGUUUUAUUGCAUGGUUUGGUAUUUUGUUCACUAGCCCAGUGUUCUCUUGUAUUGGUGGAUAGUGAAAUAAAAAAAAAGGUAUAAUGUUUUAUUCAAAUAUAUGAAGUGCCCAAUUUUAAUAAAUUUUGAUAUUCAUAAAAUAUAAAAUCACUAUGACUUAAAUUAUAUAGUUAUUGGAAUUGUAAAUUGGUGAAGAGAGGAGAUGGUGUAUGGGGACUUCAUCGUCACGACUCAGUCUAAUAAUACUGAGGUGGUGGUGGUGAACUUCUAACACCUAUGUAUAUUUUCCUCAUGAAAUAAAAUAGUUCACGCCACCACUAAUACACGUCAUGUAUACAUUUCACGGAAAAUAUAUUAUGCAUGGUAUAUAAUAUUAUAUAUUUAUCAAGGAAAAGCUGGAAAAUUUAAGUGAUAUUAGUAAAAUAUUAAGAUUUUUUUUUUGUGGACUACUUUUCUACUAGCAAUUUCGCUUCGAUUUACAAUAAUUGAAUGAUAGCACUUUUUCUGAAAGUAAAUCUGACUAGGAAGGUAAUUUGGGGAGGUUUUUUUUUUUAAAUUUCCCAGGAGUUUUCCCAGUAAAUGAGAAUACGGGAAAAUAGCUACAAUAUUAAACAAAUAAUAUUAAAGAAACUAUAUAAUGCAUUUGUAAUUAUUUUACCAUAAUAUGACAUAUAUAUUAUUGACAAAGCAACACUAUCAACCAAAUUCCGUUCAGAAUCGUUUUUUCAUUAGCAAUGGUUAAUGCUUACAGAUAUAUAUUAAAUUACCUAAAGCACUGACUGCAUCCAUCUCCAUUAUUCUAGGACAGCUUUUUAAUUUUUUAAAACAUAGGUUAGAUUAGAUUAUAUAAAUAAAAAUAAAAAUAAUUUUGUCUGAUCUUGAAAGUUUUAUCUCGCUUUAUUUUUUGCGACGAUUUAUAGGACCGGGGUUCAUUAUUACGUCCGUUAUGUGUUAACGUUCGCGUCGGUCUUUGGCGUUUUCCCAGUCUGCGGUAUUUACAAACGAGACGUUUACAAAUUGACAUUCAGCCUGUAUUCUCCAGUGGCUAUUUACUCGAUACUCCUGCUCUGUGGUUUCGCGUCCAUUGAGAUAUUCUCCUUGGACUACACCAUACGAAACUUGAAUCAAGACAAUUUGACGGCAAAAGGUAUAAUAUUUAUGACUCGUAAAAUUAUACCUUGUUUUUAAUUAAUUAUUUACCUACUUUACAAGUAGGUACCUAUGUCGUAGUUUGAACUUGACGAAGAGCUAGUGUACUGAAAUUUCUGGAGGCAUUAAUUUUCUGAAAAAACUCAUUAGAAAUAAAAAUAAUAUUGUAAUUUUUCUCUUUACAGGAGGCAUAAAAAAAGCCACGUCCGGAAGCAUAUUCUACGGUAACGCAUGUUGCGCCUUGUGGAUGUUCAUAAGACUGGCCAAAAAAUGGCCCAAACUCAUGCAAGAUUGGCGGUCGGUAGAGGUUUCGAUGAGACGGUUCGGGGCGCCCAGACUAGGAUGGAAAUCUACUACACUGGCUAUAGUCUUGCUAGUGCUCGCGUUCAGUUAGUAAAUCUAUCAUAAUUUAUGGUAAAUUAUUAUACUAACCCGGCGACUAGAUAUAUUGUUAUGUAUACUAUGUUUUGAUUUUAGAUUCGUCCGUGUCACUGUAUUGGGUACACAUUAUGUAUUAUAAUUAGGACUAUGAGUUUUAAAUGCACCAAAAAAAAAUCAUCAAACAUGCAUACUUACAUAUACCUAUCUACCUACUUAGUAUAGGUACCUACAUUAAACCCCAAUAAAUUCAUUCACAGCCCUAAUUAUAAUUGUAUUAAAUUAAAUGUGCGCGUAUAUAGUGUACAUAGCUUUAACAUUACAGGUACGUCAUAAUACUAUUAUAAUGUGCACUUAUUUAUAUUAUUAGCUGAACACGGCUUGCACAAUUGGUUAAAUACUAGGCCGGGCGGUAAAGACGAUAUUGCAGCCAUGUCGUUGAUCGACGAUUCCAAUACCAGUGUCAUAUUGAUCGAUCAGUCUGUAUGUAUUAGUAUUAGUCACAAACUAAGUUAUCUACUAAGAUAGUGUCUCAGUUUAUUGUAUAAGUGAAUUAUAACUAUAUACACCAAGUAUAUCCACAUUAUAAGUGAUUUUUACACAUUUAUUAAAAAUAAAUUGUUUUAGUAGUUUAUUUUUGAGUAAGUAUAUCUACGUAGGUACUAAAAAUUAAAAAAAUACAACAUACCUACCUACUCAUAAAAAUAGUCAUAAUAAUAUUAAAUUGAAAAUAAAUAAACAUGUAAGAAAAAAUAACAAAUUUCGGAACAUAUUUUACAUUGUAUAUCUUUGAUUUCGUUAAAUUGGAAAAUUAUAUUUUACUUUUUAAUAAUCACCUCAAAUGAUGUGAAUUGCUAAUCUAGUUAUACUUUGGACUUCCUGAUACCCUUUACUUUAGGAAAAGACACUAGACUUGAUGAUCGGAACAUGAUUUCUAAUAUAAAAGUGGUUAAUAAUACACACCCAAAAAAAUUAAUUAAUUUUAAAAAGAACUGAUACUGGGGACGGAUGCAGCUACUGCCGUAGGUGGGUAGUGAGGAAGGUGGGAUACAUAAAGUUUUUAAAUUUAUACCUGUAACCAACGAUAAACCAAACUUAACCUAACAUAACAGAAAACGAUUUGGAGCGAAGUUCGGUUAUACGUGUUUUGAAAGAUUGUAAUAUUUACGAUUUUCAUUAAAAUUAUAUAAAUAAAGCAUUCAAGUAUGGAAGAAAAGACACCACCAAGAACUAAUGGAUAUAUUAAACAGACCAAGUAUUGUGAACGAGAUUAAACGGAGUAAGUUAGAAUGAGGUAGACACGCGUGUAGAAAACAAAAUUCUAUGAUAUAAAGUGCUCCAAGUAACUACAGGCCACUGAGCGGGCCAACAUUACGUUGGGAGUAUGGUAUCAGAAAAGAUUUCCUAAAAGCCAAAGGAGAAAUUAUGGAGACAAAAAUAGUAUGAAAACGUUUGAUAAUAUUAAUAUAUAAUCAAAUUAUCUGCAUUUACUACACAAAAAAAAAAUUGUGUGCAUUUAUCUGUUAUCGGUUAUCAGUAAUAAUCAUUUUAAUAUUUUUCAAUUCCAAACAAUUUAUAUUCAAUUUUAUUAAUAAUAUUAAUAACUGUUUAACAUUUUAUAAACAGUUAUAAGGUUCUCCUUAAACUUGUAUAGGUAUUUAUUUUAAUAUCUCAAAUUGGUUUUUGUAUACCUAGUUAUUAUUUUGGUUUUAAUUUAUUUGAAAUGUUUUGGUUUCUUUAUAACCCCACAAUCUCAUCAAUCUCAUCUUCACAAGCUCAGCUGAGCUUUGCGAUUUGUGAAUUUUGCUCCAAAUUUUAACGAUAGUAAUGUUUUUAAAAGAAAAUUUCACUAACAAGGUACUUUGGAGAGGUCAUCUUUCGAUUCUCCUAAAAUUUUUCCCAGUAAAUGUGAAAACCCGGGAUAAAACAUGGGAAAACCGGGAAAAACUGGGAAUAUCGGUAAAACAUUAAACAAAUAAUAUUAAAGAAAAUAUACAAACCUUAUGUAAUAAUUUUACUAUAAACUAACAAAUAUAUUGUUGACAAAACAUCACUAUCAAUUGAACUCCGCUCGGUAUCGUUUUUCGUAAGCAAUGGUUUAUUGUUGCUUAUAGGUAUACAUUAAAUUAUCUAUAACAGUAGCUGCAUCCGUCCCCAUUGAUUUAGGAUAUCUUUUAAUUUUUAAUUUUUUUUUUUUUGUAACUGUCUUGUAUUUAAAAUGUAAUUGGAAUUUAUUCCGUAAUAAACUAUAAAUAAUAGAAACAAUAUUAAUAACAACAUACUUAGAAAAAUUAGGUGCACUAUCUGGAUAGAAUAUAUAUUGUAGCCUUUAUUUUGAAAUUAGAAUUUAAACAUUAAAACAGCCAAAUUUAAAAAAGUAUUUUUUUAUUUGCGUUUAAACUCCAAUUUUAACCUAAACGUCCCAAAACACACUGAUUGUAAUAUUUAUUUUAUUUAUGAAAACUUAAAAGUUAUAAUUAAUAUCUUUUUAAUGUUAGAUUUAUACAUAUUGAUAGACAAAAUGUUAUGAAUUUUCAAACAAUUUUGACUAUUUAAAGAAAAUGUAUACAUGAUAACCCACAAAGAUUUGGCAAAUGCAAUAAUUUUUUAAUUUUUUUUUUUUAAUAAUUACUGUAGCCUUGAGCCAAAAUUAAUUUAUUUUGUAUGUAUUUUAAAACUUAAAGUAAAAAAUUGUUUUUUCAAAAUCCAAGAUAGCCAUUUUAUAAAUAUAUAUAUUUUAAAACAUAAUUUUGAUUUCACAAAUAUUUACUAAUGAUGAAUUGUUAAGUUUCUAUAAGUUUUUAGUUUGAAAAAAAGCAUUAACAAAUUUAUUUUUUAUGGAAUAAUUGUUAGAUAUUUGGUACGUCUCGUUAGCCUUCUCUUCAGAUCCGGAGGAUCCUGCGGGUCCAGACAGCCUUGUCCAUGUAACCCCACGUGUUAAUUCAAGCGCAAAUCACAAUUCUGCGGUACUUUCUUUGGAUUUUUCUCACUCAGUCCUGAUCAGAUCUUUAAAUUUUGCGUACAUUUUCCUCUCCAAAGCUAAGAGUUCUCCUAUGAAUCACUAGUCUUAUUCAUAGUCUUCCCACUAUGAAUAAGGCUGCCUAAGCCUGAGUGACUCUGAGAGCUGCUGUUCACUGAACCCAAGUUAAAACAUUGCGGCAUUUUGCAAUGUUUUGUUCUGCCCAUGCCGGAGCAGCGUACAGCAACCUACUACACGCCAUCCACAUCAAUAGUGUCCUCUUGGAUUGUGAAAGUCCUUCAAGAUUGGGCACAAUUCGUCCUAUAGCUAUCAGCAAGGGGUACAGAGAGUCAUGUUUUAAUUUUUUACUUUUGUUUUUCAUUAAACAGUUGAUAUAGGUUCUGUGCAGGACAGCUAGUAUUCCGCCCAUUUUAACUAAAUGAGUAUAUUAAGUACCUCCUUAUUAUUCUAAAUUUUUAAUGUGCUAACUUAAUUAUAUUUGCAGUCUAAGUAUGUGUAAAUGUAUACAAACCUAAAAUAAAAGGUUGACAUUUGUUUAUCUAAUAAUAUAUUUUGCAUUUUAAUUAUAUUGUACAAUUUCUAUUUAGGCAACAUUUAAAGGGUAUCUAGAACGAUUCUCCCUGAAAACGCAUUGGUAUUUGUAUGACGACUAUAAGAGUUAUAAUCCAGUUAAAGGAUUUUUGGUCAUGUGGUUAAGCUUGACGGCGACAUUUCUUUGGAAUUUUACUGAUCUUUUCAUUAUGCUGGUCAGUUCAGCACUUGCGGCUCAGUUUAGAAAAUUAACAAAAGCCAUGCAUGACGUCAGAGGUCAAGUAAGUGUCUGUGAAAAACUGAUUACAAACUUUUAGUAUUAGUAUAAUUGCUUUAGGCGAUAACUGUUAAUACUUACUUACAUCUGGGAACUAAUUGUUGCAGUUAUAUUUUUUUUAUUCUAAUUAACCAUCUUUUUUAAAAAAAAAAAUUUAUUUUAUUGAUGUUUUGAAAGAUGUUGACAAUGUCACAGUGGCGAGAAUAUCGAGAAACAUACACAUCCCUGACUCACUUGGUAAAGAAAAUUGAUGAUCACAUUAAUGUUAUAGUGGCGCUGUCAGUAGGGAGUAACAUUUAUUUCAUUUGCGCUCAGCUUAUUACAGAAAUUGAGUAAGAUUUUACAAAAAUCCAAUUUAAAACUUGUUAGUUAAUUUUUUAAUUUGUAUUGUUAUCAGUUCAAUAAAACAUAGCUACUUCAGGACACUAUUCUACAUGUAUUCAUUUUUAUUUUUGGUGUUCCGGACUACUGCAGUUGUGAUGCAAGCAUCGGCAAUAAACGACGAAAGUAAAAAAAUUGUGCCAGAAAUUUUUAUGUGCCCAACACAUAGUUACAGCAUAGAAGUAUGCUAUAUAAUUAAUAUAAAUCAAUUUCUGUAUAAAAAGUUAAAUAAAAUUGUGUUAGUAUAACGGAUAAUAAUUACGAAUUUAUAUAUCACUUAAUAAUUUAUUGACUCAAUAUUUGAAAUAAAAGUUAAUUCUAACUUUUAUUUUAUUAAAGAAAAUUAUAGAAAUUCUUAAUAUGUUCAGGCUAGAUUUCUAACUGAAAAAAUAAAUUAA